AUGAUACAGUCCUUCUGGGAUGGUGAUGAAGACUGGGAAGAGAAGAUUUGCCCAAAAUUUGCGUCAAGACUAAGCUCUCCUCCGUUUUUAGCUAUUAGGGUGUUUUCCAAAAAUAUUGCUUUACUUCUGUAUGAGUUUUGUAACGAUGAUGAUUUUGUUUUGAUAAAUAUCGAUGGAUACUUACUUCGCCGGCAAGUAAACAAGCUAGAAUGCUUGUUAGAAGAUGAACACUUAAUUGACAAUCUUCUGGAACGCGGCAUUGAUGACUUCAAUAUUUUCCAGCUCCUCCAACCUCAUACUGAUUCAAAUGACAAAAACCCAUCUUCAUUUGAGUUUCUGAAACAUCUUCAGGGAUGCAAGAAGGGAGACAAGGUUAAAGGCAUUACUAAGCUAAAAGGAUACCUUAAACAAUUCGGCUAUUUGAGCCGAAACGGUUCAAACAAUGAGUUUAAGGCCAUUGCUGCACCUGAUGAUGAUGAUGAUUUUGAUGAAGUUAUGGUUUCAGCAAUCAACGCUUAUCAGCAGAAUUAUAAUCUUGAGGUAACAGGAACCUUAGAUGCGAAAACAUUAUCAAAGAUGAUGAUGCCACGAUGCGGCAUGCCGGAUUCUAACAUCAAGAAAACAGGUUCACGGCACAGGGAAAUUCAAGAACCUGGCCGCCAAGGGUUUAUCCAUGAAAGUUCUCAUUACGCAUUCUUCAAUGGGAACUUGACAUGGCCACCUUCUAAAACCCAACUCACCUAUGCAUUUCCUUCAGGUACAAACUCUGAUGCUCGACAAUCUUUUUCACAAGCUUUUCAGAAAUGGGCAUCGGUGAGUCGUUUCACAUUCACUAGCAUUGAAGAUUUUGCAAAUGCGGAUAUCAAAAUUAGCUUCCAAGCAUAUGAUCAUGGAGAUGGAAGUCCAUUUGAUGGUCCUCGUGGGGUUCUUGCUCAUGCUUUUCCACCAACUGAUGGAAGGUUACACUUGGAUGCCUCUGAGAAAUGGGCAGUGGGUGCAGUCCCUGGAGCGUUUGACAUUGGGACCGUUGGCUUGCAUGAAAUUGGACAUAUUUUAGGACUUCAACAUAGCACAUCUGAAAAGGCCAUCAUGUACCCAAUGAUUGGUCCAGGAGGGACGAAAGGUUUGUCUUCUGAUGAUAUUGAAGGAAUCAAAGCUUUAUAUCAAGAAUAA